UAUCUCUUCAGGCAACUAAUUUACAACUACCCAGAGCAACUGUUCAGUGAUGCGGGUGUGAUGGCUAUUGAGCACGCAGAUUUCGAGGGCGUCGAACGUUUGGCCUUGGUGACUGGUGGAGAGAUUGUGUCUACUUUUGAUAAUCCGGAAUGUACAAAACUUGGUCAUUGCAAGCUGAUAGAGGAAGUGACUAUUGGCGAGGACAAGUUGCUUCGUUUUAGUGGGGUCGCCAUGGGUGAAGCUUGUACCAUUGUCUUACGGGGUGCAACUAAAAGUAUUUUGGAAGAAGCAGAACGUUCUCUGCACGAUGCACUCUGUGUUCUGGCGCUGACGGUGAAGGAUCCCCGCACUGUAUGCGGUGGAGGAGCUAUGGAGAUGUGGAUGGCCGAGGCUGUCACCCAAGGUGCAGCUAAAACACCAGGAAAAAUUUCUUUGGCCAUGGAGUCGUUUGGCAGGGCCCUGAGACGCUUACCUUCAAUAAUUGCGGACAACGGUGGAUAUGACAGCGCAGAUCUUGUCUCACAGUUGCGUGCUCACCAUGCCAAAGGCGAACAUAAAAUGGGACUCGAUAUGAUGAACGGCUGUGUCGCAGACAUGACCCAGUUGGGUGUUCUGGAGUCCUAUCGUGUCAAGUAUCAAUUGGUUGUGGCUGCGUCGGAGGCUGCCGAAAUGAUCUUGCGUGUUGAUAGCAUCAUCAAAGCUGCUCCGCGCCGUCGUGCUCCGCCUCGUCGCUUCUAA